UUUUUAAUAAAUCAAAAUAUGAGUCUAUUAUGGGUAGACAAGUACCGUCCCAAAGACCUUUCAACCCUAGAUUACCAUACUCAGCAAGCCCAAGAAUUGAAGAACCUGGUAGAACAUGGUGACUUCCCUCAUUUGCUCGUUUAUGGCCCCAGUGGGGCCGGUAAGAAAACCCGUAUUAUGUGUAUUUUAAAGGAGCUCUUCGGCACUGGCGUAGAACGACUAAAGUCCGAAAACAUUACAGUUACAACUCCAUCUAACAAAAAAGUCGAAAUAAUGACCAUCAACAGCAACUAUCACAUCGAAAUAAAUCCAUCAGAUGCAGGUAUCUACGACAGAGUAGUUGUGAUGGAUUUGAUUAAGAAAAUCGCUCAAUCUCAGCAAAUUGCUAUCACAAACAAUCAGAGAGAGUUCAAAGUAGUUGUACUGACUGAAGUCGAUAAUCUCACUAAAGAUGCUCAACAUGCUUUGAGGAGAACUAUGGAAAAGUAUUCAAGGAAUUGCAGGCUUAUCCUUUGCGCCACAUCUUUGUCUCCUAUCAUACCUGCUAUACAAUCUCGUUGUUUGCCUAUUAGAGUCCCUGCCCCAACUAUCGAGGAGAUUUCUACAAUAAUUUCAAAAAUAUGUAAAAAGGAAGACACUGCAAUACCAGCAACCCUAAUAGAAAAAAUCUCAAAAUCAGUCAAUGGCAAUUUACGCCGAGCAAUCCUCAUAUGCGAAGCUUGCAAAGUCGAGAACAAUCUCCAACCAAACCGAGAACUUCCCGAACCAGACUGGAAAGUAUUCAUCAAACAAACCGCCACCAUAAUCACUCAUCGUCAGAGCAUUGAAAACAUCAUGGUUGUACGUGAACAUCUCUAUGAGCUCCUCGCCAGUGGAAUUCCACCUGAAAUAAUUUUUAAGGAACUUAUUACUGCUCUUGUUUUAAAGUGCGACAAGCAAAUCAUUCCGCAAGUGUUGCAAGAAGCCUCCACUUACGAGUACAGAAUGUGGCAGGGAAAUAAGCAUAUUGUUCAUAUGGAGGCUUUUGUUGUUAAAUUUAUGUGUUUGUAUCAGCGACACUUGAAGGAUCUUUUAAAGGACUUUUAA